CUGUUUCGCGGCUGCAACAUCGUCGUCGGCAAGUCACAAUCGUUGGUCAGUCAGUCAGUCAGUAAGUCAGUCAGUCAGGCACAAUCGAACAAGUCGAUGAAUCGAUCGAUGCGAGCGAUCCCGCUCGAAACUAUCGACUAUCGGCCACUUCGAGUCCUCUCCCGGUUCACGAACUUUCUCACCGACGAGUGCGUUCACCUCGUUCAACAGCGCGACGUGACUGUACCUCGGUUGUGUAAAAGUGUGUUAUAAGUCGAUCGAAGUGUCGAAACUGUGACGGCAAUCGGUGAUUCAUUUCCAAUGCUGUGGAGAUUUGAAACGUGUGUACGAGCAGAAUUUUGCAAACCACGAUAGAAUGUAGAAAGUGGGAGGCAUUGAGGGAGAGAAAGAAUCGGCGGAUGAUUUUGUUCAAAGUGAACUAAAUGGUGCCGAACGUAUUAAUUACGAACGUUGAUUAACUUCGUCCAAGAAGGAAAGAAUCGUUUUCGUAGCUGAAGAAACGAUUUCAUAGAACUAGAAAGAGGAACAAGUGCACGUGAACACAAUCGACAUGCGAUAUUUCGAAAUGCAUUCUACGUUGACAUUGGCGAACAGGUGAUCAGUAACUGUUGGUUGUCCCACAGGAAGAAUUGUGGGAGAAGGAUCGAGAAUGAUGCUGAACACGUCUUUCAUGUGUGUUACGAUCCUGGUGUUAGCCUUGAUCGCCACGAUAAACGCGAACCCAUCGUACUACGUGAAACCCAUCGAGGACGAGAACGAUUACGCUCGCGUCCUGGAGCUUUCGCUUUUGUUUUACGAGGCACAACGAUCGGGAAAGCUGCCGGAGAACAAUCGGAUCCCAUGGAGAGGUGACUCGGCGCUCGACGAUCGAGGACUGAAUGGGGAAGAUUUGAGCGGAGGCUAUUAUGACGCUGGUGAUUUCGUGAAAUUCGGCUUUACUAUGGCCUCAGCGACUACCCUGCUGGCAUGGGGUGCCAUCAGUUGGCCAGAAGCUUACACCGCGGCUGGCCAACUCGACGAACUUCGCAAAGCUAUUAAAUGGGCUACCGACUACUUCAUUAAGUGCCACGUAAGCGAAUAUGUCUUUUACGGGCAGGUCGGUGAAUUCUUCUUGGACCACACGUUCUGGGGAAGACCAGAAGAACUCAACACCACUAGACCUGCUUACAAAAUUGAUCCAGAGCAUCCAGGAUCCGACCUGGCAGGUGAAACCGCGGCUGCCCUCGCUGCAACCAGCAUAGUUUUCCGCAACCACGACCCAGAAUACAGCGACAAUUGUUUAAAACACGCUAAGGAAUUGUACAAGUUUGCCAAUAGAUAUCGCGGCCUUUAUAACGAAGCGAUCCCUGGAGCAGCUCUUUAUUACGAGAGCACGGACUACGGCGACGAAUUGGCUUGGGCAGCGCUAUGGUUGUUCAAGGCUACGAACAACACGAUGUACUUCGAGGAGGCCGAACAUCAUUAUCAGCAUUUCCAUCUCAAAGAGAGGCCGAACGAAUUCUUUUACAACAAGAAAGUCGCUGGCGUUCAGAUGCUGUUGGCCCAGAUAACAGGACAAUUGGAAUACCAGAAGGCAGCCCGUGCUUUCUGCGAUUUCUCGGUGCGCCAGCAAAAACGUACGCCGAAGGGAUUGCUCUAUAUCGACAAAUUCGGUACCCUCUGCCACGCAGCGAACGUGGCGUUCGUUUGCCUGCAGGCGGCUGAUUCGCACGGUAUCGGCGAUCCCCAGGAAUACCGUCAAUUCGCCGAGCAACAAAUUCACUACAUGCUGGGAGGAAGCGGCAGGAGUUACGUAAUCGGUUGGGGUCGAAAUCCUCCGAAGCAGCCCCAUCACGUAGCUUCGUCAUGCCCUGACAGGCCAGCACCUUGUGGAUGGUCCGAACUCGACAAGAACGCGCCGAAUCCUCAAAUCCUUUAUGGUGCCCUGGUCUCUGGCCCCGACGAAGCGGACAAGUUCCACGAUCGUCGAGAGGAUUACGUGUACACGGAAGUCACUGUGGAGUACAAUGGAGGAUUCACGAGCGCGCUGGCCGGAUUGUUACAGCUGCGAGUUAAAAGCACCACGUAACAGGCGAUAAUAGCCACGAAUCAAGAAAUUAUUAAUUUGAUCUCUGAACCAGAAUCAUCGAAUUUUUUUUUUUUUCGUGAUUUUCCAACGAAGGAUCGAUGGAUUGUCAAAUGAUCUUUUUUAGGAAGCAUUUUCGAGAAAGAAAGGGAAGGAUUGAUAAUUAUAUCGUGAACGUUUGUACAUUCUUAUCUAGAGGAUUGAUAGAGUUCUAGAUCUAAGAGCGAAUUAACGUAUUGAUCGUACAUCUUUAUUUAAGAUUUCACGUGUGACGAAUGGGAGUUUCGAACGAUUGGAAUUUAUUUGGGAUUAACUCGACUUAAAGAUGUAUAUAGUGUAAGUUUAAUAGAAGAAAGUUUUUCGUAGGUUUAAGAAUUGAAUGUAAUCAAACGAAAAAAUUAUAAAUUCGUCUGAUGAUUGGUGUAAUUAAAAAUAUGUUCAAUUAUAGGGUAAAAAAUUAG